GUUGUUGAUGUUCCGCAGCGGAGCGCGAGCGCUGCCCUUUCACCUCAGCAUCGAGCGCUUCACAACAAUCCGCAAAAUUCCUGCUGCAACGGCCGGGGCGCGGGGAGCGGGAGCGGCGGCGGCGCAUGGACACCCCGCGGGAGCUGGCUGAGCACUCACCACGGUCUGAGAGAAAGAGGAGGGAUUCGUUUGGAAUGUUUGACGGCUAUGACAGCUGCAGUGAGGAUAGCAGCAGCAGUUCAAGUUCAGAUGAGAGUGAGGAGGAAGUUACCUCAAUACCAGCCAGUCUUCCACUCAUCAAAACCAAUGGACAAGUCUACACAUAUCCCGAUGGGAAAUCUGGCAUGGCAACCUGUGAGAUGUGCGGGAUGGUUGGUGUGAGGGAUGCCUUUUAUUCCAAGACCAAACGGUUUUGCAGUGUUUCCUGCUCCAGAAGCUAUUCAUCCAACUCCAAGAAAGCCAGCAUUUUAGCCAGACUUCAGGGAAAACCUCCAACAAAGAAAGCAAAGGUUUUACAGAAGCAACCUCUAGUAGCUAAAUUAGCAGCCUACGCACAAUACCAGGCUAGCCUACAACAGAACCAAACCAAGAGUAAAGCAGCAAUCUCUGUGGAGGGAUUUGACUGGGGUCAUUAUGUCUGGAGCAAUAAGUUUACAGGGGCUCCUGUAAGCUGCUUUAAACAUGUACCUAUGGGAACCCGCUGGGGUGACAUUGCAGAGGGUGUAAGGGUGGAAGUUCCUAAUACAGACAGUAAUCUGCCAACCAAGGUGUUCUGGAUUGCAGCUAUUAUCAAACUAGCAGGUUACAAGGCUCUCCUUCGAUACGAAGGUUUUGACAGUGACUCCAGUCUUGACUUCUGGUGUAAUAUCUGCGGUUCUGAUAUCCAUCCCGUUGGUUGGUGUGCAACUAGUGGGAAGCCUUUAGUUACUCCUCGCACUAUCCAUCACAAAUACACAAACUGGAAAGCUUUUCUUGUGAAAAGAUUAACGGGUGCCAAGACACUUCCUCCUGAUUUCUGCUCUAAGGUUGCUGAGAGCAUGCAGUACCCUUUCAAGACUGCUAUGCGUGUGGAAGUGGUUGAUAAAACGCACCUCUGCCGAACACGGAUAGCGGUGGUUGAAAGCAUUGUGGGAGGCCGAUUGCGGCUGAUCUACGAAGAAUGCGAUGAUGGGACGGAUGAUUUCUGGUGUCAUAUGCUGAGUCCCCUCAUUCACCCUGUUGGUUGGUCUCGGAGUAUUGGACAUCGUUUUAAGCGAUCGGAUGGUUCAAAGAAGCAGGAUGUACAGUGUGAUGCUGCAGCACAUUUGUUUGCAAAGGUGAAAGAUGUAGACCAGAGUGGAGAGUGGUACCAGGAAGGGAUGAAAUUGGAAGCAAUUGAUCCACUAAAUCUUUCUGCUAUUUGUGUAGCAACUGUAAGAAAGGUUUUAGCAGAGGGGUACCUAAUGAUCGGGAUAGAUGGCUCUGAGGCAGCAGAUGGUUCUGACUGGUUUUGCUACCACUCAACAUCUCCUUCAGUCUUUCCUGUGGGGUUUUCUGAAAUUAACAAGAUUGAGCUAACGCCACCAAGAGGUUACACCAAACUUCCUUUCAAAUGGUUUGACUACUUAAGGGAAAUGGGGUCUGUAGCAGCACCUGUUAAACUGUUCAACAAGGAAGUUCCAAAUCACGGAUUUCGCAUUGGAAUGAAACUGGAAGCAGUGGAUCUGAUGGAGCCACGUCUGGUUUGUGUGGCAACUGUCACCCGCAUUGUCCAUCGUCUCCUGAGGAUCCACUUUGAUGGUUGGGAGGAUGAAUAUGAUCAGUGGGUUGACUGUGAAUCUUCUGACCUGUACCCUAUUGGAUGGUGUGAAUUGACUGGUUACCAGCUUCAGCCCCCAGCAUCACAGUCCUCGAGGGAGAAUCAAACCAAUGUGAUGAAGAAGAAAAAGGCAAAGUCCAGUCAGUACAAGGGACACAAAAAAAAAAGGAAGAAGCCAGUUGGGAAGAAGCUUGUCAGUGUGUCGAGCCUGCCCAUGAGUGGCAGGGUGCGGAGGAGUUUCUCUGGCGAUGAUGAGUUGACUCCUCCAUAUCGAACUCUUCCAAUCCAGACAGCUCCCGAGGCCAUCACGCCUCCCAGCACUAGCAGAGAGUUCAAUCCUAGUCUCAAAGCAGCCAGCAGUAGUAAGCACCGGGACAUCAUCAUCUGGUGACAAAGGGCUUUCAGUGAUCCUCUACUGCAGUUACUGCCAACCACCAGGGUCAGCAUUGCAGCACAAGGAGAAUUUUGUGGAUGUUGAUGAGUUCCACUUCCUUCAAGGUGCUUCUAAUCAGGAGAGCAAGGGAUCUGGCAGCUAAGCCAUCACACACGACCUUAAGGACUCUGCCACCAGGCUUGUAUCAAGCAGGGAUCCUUGAUCGAAGGAUCGUCUCCUUUAAUCUGCUGAGUCUCUGACACAGUGGUACUUCACUGCUGCAGUCUUGCCAAGAGCAAUGGAGAGGCAGUUCAGUGAUUUUUACUGUACAUUUGGACAAGUUGUUUAUUUUAGGGGGUGAAAAGGAGCUGUUUUUCAGGCCCCACAUUGGACUAUCUUGUAUAUUAUACUUGAAUUUUUUGAGUAGGGAGGGGUGAGGGAGGAAUGUUCAAUGUUCAACAUGUUUUGGUGAUGUGCUCACGAUGAGCAUUCUGUGACUACACAUUUGGGUGAAGUUAUGUUAACUUUCCCUCCUCCAGCCUAAGUAAACAUCAUACACAAUAACUUUUUAAAUUAUUUACUUAAAGAUUGAAAGCAUUCUUUUUGGUAUAAAUUCAAAAUGAAAAAAAAUUUACGCAAUUGGUCAACUGAUGCAUUUGAAUACUCAGGAAGUUGAUGCUUGCAUUUCAACAGUACUUGUGGGCCGCAGCCUUUCUCUCAUCCUCUGAGCCAGUUUUAUUUGUGUUUCUUCAUGUCACAGAGCAGCACUGCGGCCCCCAAGAACAAAGUCUUUACAUGUCAUCAACACUUUGUUUUUAAACAAAAGUUUCUCUUUUUUUUCCCUGAGACCCACGUGAGUUUCCAUUGGGGUCUGUGUGUGUGCAUGUGGGGAGACUACAUUGAGCCCCUAUCCCUCUUCAUUGUCGUGCUGAUAUGCUUUGAAUGUUCCUUCUUAAUUCUAACACAGGCAUUUGAGGGAGGUAAGUACUGGCUUUUCAGAGGAUCUUAUGUGAACAUUUUGUGUAAAUAUGGAGACCUGUAGCUCAGUGGUUAGAUCACUCACCUCGCAAGUGAGA